AUGGCCAGUUCUGGCAGCCGCUCCCAGCUCCACCUCACCGCCCUGGCAUCCGGGCCCGGGCGGCCGCGCCGGGAGCCGGGGGCGAGGGAGCCGCCGUGGGAACCGCCGCCAGCCCCCCCCCGCGCUGGCACGGCCCCCCCCGGGUCCCCACCCACGCCCGGUGCCAGCGCCCACGCGGUGCCACCGUGCCCGGGCACCGGUCGCGGCCGGAGCGCGGCCCCGCUCCGGUACCGGCUCCGGAGCGACCCGCGGAGGGAGCGGGGAUGUGCCACGGGCCCCCCCCCGGCACGUGGCACACGGUCAUUUUGGGUCCCCCGGGGGUCACCGGGGUCACGGCAGGCCUCCCGGAGGUCUCGGAGCAGACGAGACGAGCGGCGCGGCGGUGCAGAGCGGCCGGAAGUGGCGCGUCACGUGACCGCACCCGGAAGCGGCGGCGCGGCGGCACCGGGGGCCAUGAGCAGCGGGGCCGGGGACGGGAACGGGGACGGGGCCGAGAGUGGGGCCGAGCGGCGGGUCCGCAUCGUGGUGGAGUACUGCGAGCCCUGCGGCUUCGAGGCCACGUACCAGGAGCUGGCGAGCGCCGUGCGGGACGAGUACUCCGACAUCGAGAUCGAGUCACGCCUGGGGGGCACCGGUGCCUUCGAGAUCGAGAUCAACGGGCAGCUGGUCUUCUCCAAGCUGGAGAACGGGGGCUUUCCCUACGAGAAGGACCUGAUCGAGGCCAUCCGCAGAGCCCGCAAUGGGGAGCCCCUGGAGAAAAUCACCAACAGCCGCCCCCCCUGCGUCAUCCUGUAGCCCCCUGGGGACAGCGGGGUCCCCCCAGGCUGCCCAGCGCCGCCUUCCUUAACUCCCUGCACGACUGGGGGGCUCAGGAGCCUCCUGGGGACCCCCAGGGUGGCGCUGGGAAGGGCAGAGCUGUGGCACGGGUGGCACUGGGGGUCAUUCUGUGCCCUGCCUGUCCUGCUGUGGCUUGUGGGGUGGGGGGGGUCUCCCACCUGCCUUUGCCUUCCCCCCCCUCAUCAGCUGCACCUCCCCGAGGGGCACAGGGUUGGCACCCCCGUGUCUCUGUGCUGGCCUCUCCCCUCCCUCAUCCCCUGGGAAUCCGGGGAGCCAGGCUGGGUGUUGGAGCAGCUCCCAGCAGGUUCAUUCCAAGGGGAAUCCACUGGCUGUAACUCCCCUGGGAUUUGUUAAUGAUUAAAGUCCCUCUGGCACUGUUUAAUCCCGGGCAGGGGCUGGCCAUGGGAACCCCAGCCCGGCCCCACAGCCACAGGUGUGUUCACAUCCCCCCUCCUCAUUCCCAGGCUCCCAGCUCCUGCUUCCUGCCUGGAAUGACCCUGCCCUUGGCCUCGGGGCGGGGGGGUCCCCUAUUUAUUCUAUACUGUGUAUAAACCCAACGGCCUGGGCGGAAUAAAGGAUGGAGAAUGUG